AUGGCCUCGACUGUUCGCGUUGCGGUCACGCAACAUGAGCCUGUGUGGCUUGAUCUGGAAGGCACAGUGCAAAAGACGAUCACUAUCAUUAAAGAGGCCGCUGAAACUGGGGCGAAGCUCGUGGCAUUUCCAGAGUGCUGGAUACCUGGAUAUCCCGCUUGGAUCUGGUCUCGUCCUGUCGACUUCGAUCUUGGGACCAAGUAUGUCCAGAACUCCCUGAAAGUGGACAGCGCAGAGAUGAAGCGAAUUUGUGCCGCCGCUGCCGAAAACCAGAUCAACGUUUCCUUGGGCUUCUCAGAGCGAGACGGCGAAUCUGUCUACAUCGCUCAAGCCUUGAUCGCCGAGACUGGCGAGAUCAAAAUGACCCGACGCAAGAUGAAGCCCACGCAUAUGGAACGGACCAUAUUUGGCGAUGCUACUGGCGCUCAGAGCUGCCUCAGUAAGGUGGUUGAUAUUCCAGAAGUCGGCAGAGUCGGAGGACUGUCUUGCUGGGAGCACAUACAGCCGCUUCUGAAGUUUUACACGUUCUCGCAGAAUGAACAGAUUCACGUCGGAGCAUGGCCGCCGCUCGAUGGUUUCGUCGAGGGUAGUCCAGGUUUCUACUCCAUGUCCAUCGAAGGAUGUCGCACGUCCUCUCAAGCCUUUGCCAUCGAAUCGCAGGCGUUCGUCCUACAUUGCACUACCGUUCUCAGUGAGACCGGCAUAUCAGCAAUGGGGACCGCAGGUUCUCCGAUUAUGGGAAAUCCAAUUCAAGGAAGCUCUUGUGUUAUCGGACCAGAUGGGCGCAUCUUGAGCGCUACUGAUAAUCCGAAUGAGAAGCUCAUAAUUGCAGACCUGGAUCUGAGUCUGAUCACGAAGACGAAAACUUUCGCAGACGCCUCCGGCCAUUACUCCCGGCCCGACUUGAUGUGGCUCGGUGUUGACGAGAAGCACAAGCUUGUUGUUCGUGGCGCCGAGAGCAGCUAG